AUGAAGCAUUUUGGAGCUGCAAUUCUAGCUAUAGUCUGCCUUCAGUUGGUUGAAUCUGCUGCUGUUUUUGAUAGAAAUUACACGAAACCAUAUGUUUUGAAGAAGACUUGGGUUCAGAAUUUCAUCAAAUUCCAGUACAUUUUCGAGGGAAAUCAACAGAAACCGAAGAUUGUACCUUUGGGAUGCUCUCCAACCAACGUUGACAGUGAUAACUACUUGAAACCUGGAGAGACCAGCAUCGAACAUGACUUCCUUUUCUCUUGUGAAGAAGGCGAAGAUGGAGUUUUGAAUUACGAAGCAACUGCUUGUAUUGAUGCUCACGGAGAAGUUAUGCAUCCAGGAGAGACUAGAAGACUCAGUAAUGGAACUGUUGUUCUUCAUUCUGCUGGUUGUUAUUUCAAUGAGACAAUCUACUCAGAAGAUGAGAAAUGGGUUGAGCCACAAGUGAAUCCAGCUGAUUCAUCCAUCGACGGACGUCUCAUGCAAUGUUUCCGCCCACAUUACAGCUACUACGAGAGUCACGUUGUCGGAUGUGUCAUUGGAAAACUUGGAGUUCUCAUCGGAGAAUUCGGACAACUUCUCGAUGGAUCUUAUGUAAAAUGUGUGGAAGCUGAACUCGGUCAUGUCAGUUUGAAGACUGUUAAUGUGGAUGAAUUGCAAUGUAAGAUGGACGAGCAAACAUUUGCCCAUGCUAGUCAGUGGACUGACGAUAAGAAGGGAGCCAACAUGAAGUGCAACUACGGACAUAUCGUCAAGGAGUCCUGUGUCAUUGGAAACGAAACGCUCUCAAUCGGACAAGAAGUUCCAGUUUCUCGUGGAUGUAUUUUCCUUUGUCAUCCACAAACUAAUGUCUACAUCUGUGAUGACUACUUGCAAGAGUUCCAAAUCAUUGAGACAGAAGGACAGGAUUUGGGACCAAUCGAGGGAAAUCAAAUCAUUGUUGAGGAACCAGAGAAGAAGAAGUCAUUGAAAUCUGUCUUCAAGUUUUAG